GCAUCGACAUCCUGAAGCUGGUGGCCGCCCAGGUGGGGAGUCAGUGGAAGGACAUCUACCAGUUCCUGUGCAACGCCAGUGAACGGGAGGUGGCGGCUUUCUCCAACGGCUACGCAGCUGACCACGAGCGUGCCUACGCCGCCCUGCAGCACUGGACAAUCCGCGGGCCUGAGGCCAGCCUGGCCCAGCUCAUCAGCGCACUCCGCCAGCACCGCCGCAACGACGUGGUGGAGAAGAUCCGAGGCCUGAUGGAGGACACCACACCGGUGCAGAUGCAGCCUCAGUGGCAACCGCCGGACCCCGGCAACGAAGACAUAAAGCUGGAAGGUGACAAACUGGCACCGCCGGCAAGCCCCAGCCCGGUGAGCCCUGCGCCCACCCCCAGCCCCAAGCCCCCUGAGGCAGCCGUCCUCACCGUGGAGCCCUCUCCUUCCGAGAAGAAAUGCUUCUUCGUCGACGAAGCAGAGCCCCUCCUGCGGUGCGACUCCACCUCCAGCGGCUCCUCCGCGCUCAGCCGGACAGGCUCUUUUAUUACCAAAGAAAAGAAGGACACCGUCCUGCGCCAGGUGCGCUUGGACCCUUGCGACCUGCAGCCCAUCUUUGACGACAUGCUGCACAUCCUCAAUCCCGAGGAGCUCCAUGUGAUAGAGGAGAUACCGCAGGCCGAAGAUAAGCUGGACAGGCUAUUUGAGAUUGCUGGAGUCAAGAGCCAGGAAGCCAGCCAGACCCUCCUGGACUCUGUCUAUAGUCACCUUCCUGAUUUACUGUAGGCACUGGGUCACCACACACUCCGAAUAUCUGCUAGAGCUAGCUUGGCACUCGUUAAGAUGACCGACAAUAUGCAGGCAGGUUUUGUUGUAGAAUAUAUGGCCAGUAUUUUCGUUGAGGUGUCCUUGGUUUUUGGAGGGGGGGCAGUUUGCCAGCAUUGCACCCCUCCACUGUAACUCUAUCGCUCAGUCCAAGUCUUUGCACCCUCUGCCCCCUUUCCACGCCUCUCUUCUCCUUGUUCUCAUUCCAAUCAGAUCAGCCGAUGCACUUUAAAAAAAUAAAAAAAUAACGCAGUUAAUGAACUAAAAGACCACGAAUCUGGUGUAAUUUUAACACAUUGAAGUGGGGAUUGCUCUGUAAAUCCCUUUUUCUGUCAAAGCUGUCGCUCAGAGUGACCGUCUCCCACCAUUUCUCUUCGCCUCGGAGCAGUAAAUGGCAAAAUCACACAAAAAAAAACACCCCAGUUGUUGCUGAUUACUGUCUCUUAACGCAGCUAAGCUUCCCACCCGAGCUGACUUUUUUUUUUUAAUGUACUAUUGUAUGGCUCAUAUCCAUUGCUGAGAUUUUACUAGCACGGUUAUUUAUUGUAUGGUUUUCACCUGGACAAUGCAUCGCGCUCCUAUACGCUACAGCAGAAGUGCUUUACUGCAAAGAAAAGGGGCAAGUCCCACCAACCUUCAAGGCAAUGGAAAGGUCCUUUGCCUUCAGUCGAAUGUAAGGAGUUUACCUUGCCUUGCCAUGUGUGGGAACAGUGGGGCCCCAGAGGGAGCCGGUGCUGGAUGUGGGGAGGCAACGGCGACCGCCCGUCGUCCCCCUCUCCUCGUGCUGUGAGACUUAAACCAAGCUAUGCUUUUACACUCGUGUCUCUUGUUUUUUAUACAGACGUGGCCGAUAAGUUCUCUGAAGACCUCUCAAUAGUCUGUUCAAAUCACACUUCACUUUUUAUUAAAAGAGGUUGGGGGGUGGGGGAAAAAAGCUGCAUCGUAAGAAGUCUGUCUGAUUAUAUUUGCAAUUAUUAUGCUCCCGUAACAAACAGUCUGUACUACGCUCAAUUUGAAGAAAUAAUGAUAUGAGGGUGGCAUGAGCUGCCCCAUGGGAAGGGGUGGGAGUGGGGAAAGAGGGGAAUGAAUUGAAAAAUUGCCUUCCAGUGUACUAAUUUAUUAAUAAAUACUAGGUGUUUGUUACUUGA